AUGCCGAUGGCAGCAGAUCGUCGAGCUGUGGCUGAGUACGCUCGUGCUUACGGCGGAGCUGCGGCUGCGAAACGUUUCGGAGUUCCACCUCCGGUAUCAACCUAUUAUCAUCGGAAAGAAAGCAACAGUGGUAAAUUUAUUAAAUUUCCGCCUCCUACUCCUGGGGCAUUACCAACAUCUCAGCCGCAAGCGACUUCUGCUUCGGCAGCCAAUCCACCACCACAGGCUGCAGCGGGAAUGUUCUCACCGGCUGUGGUCGAUAUGCUUCGAAUGAACGCAGCGCAUGCAACGGGUUCUCCAGGUUUCUUACGAGGGCGAGGUCGAGGACGUCCGAAAUUGAUCGGUGAUGAACUUGAUGCUGAUCUCGUUGAUUAUAUGGUGACGGUGAAGCAAGCAGAUCCUCAUGGUCAUCUGACAGCUUCUCAAGCGCUCAUCAUAGCCAAACAGUACAUUCUUGAGAAAGCACCUGGAUUACUAGAAGAACAUGGUGGUCAUGUGAAGCUGAAAUUGACAUGGGCAAUGAAGUUGGUAUCCAGAAUUGCAGAGCGACAAAAAGAGAUGGAAUUAGGACUACCAGCUGGUAGCCUAUCGAACAUGGGACGCUUAAAUAACUCGUUGACUGGUGGUGGAUUUAUGGCAGAUAUGAUGACGCAGAACAUUCUUAGUCAUCAUAUGAUGAUGAAUAUGAACUCUCAGAUCAAGCAGGAAAUUCCGAGUACGGAGGAACAGAAAGAGGAUGUUCAGCCUGCAGUUGGUGCACCUGAAAUACUCAACAUCAAGGAACUCAAUCUUCCAUUUCUAAAUAACCUGUUUGGCGGCUCCGAUGAAAACUCAGGUCUCAUUGAAGGUGAACUACCUACAGAAAAUGAUCAGGAAAUGAACCUUGCCAAUGCUGCAAACUGA